AUGAUGGAAAAUGUUGCGGAAUCGGCGAUUACUGCUCAAACAGAUAGCAAGAACUUCAGGUCUGGCGUUGUUGAGGACUCGCUUAAAAACACGGGGUUUGACGCUGGAGUCGACUCGGUUAAAGACUUAAAGUCUUCUUCCGUUGCGGAUUCAUUUAAAAGCAUUGAAUCAGAUAGAGUUGCAGAGCCAUUCAAAAUCAUAGAGCCCCCUGCUGUUGCAAAUCUUGUGCGAAGCACGGAGUUUGAUCCACUGUUGGGUGAGGUUGGAUCUGGACUGUUUAAAGAUCCUUAUUCUAGUUUAAAAGGUACUGCAGAAACUUGUAAGGAAUCGCCGGAUACGAAGACGUCUCUGCCGAGUAACAGUGCUAAACUGCCGCUGAAUGAGGAUUCUCAAGGUUCUGGGUGUUCAUCAGCGGCAGUUUCCAGUAAAAGUGCUAAUGAGUACGAAGGAACAGAAUCUAGUGGUGAUUACUUGACAGAAAGUCAACUGAGACCGGCUUGGCGCAGUUGCGCUACGAGAGAAAAGCCAGGGGAUUUCCGCUCACUGUCUGUUUCUUUAAAUGCGGACGAUAUUUUAAAGCCUGAGAUACGAGGGAGUUGGCGUUUGUCUUGUUUUGGCAGAAAAGUUAAGGAAGAUGGCUUAGUGUCUUGGUGCUUAGUUUGUGGAGUUCUACGUAGGGCAGUUUAUGGUGCGUUUCCGUCUUCUCAUGAGGUUUGUUAUGAACAAUCUGGGCUUUGCACUAGUGGGCCGGUUUUUGGACACAAGUAUGUCGUUAAGAAUUACGUUGGUUUGGUGGUGCCGUACGUACGUCCCAAUAUAACUGAGGGUAGUUAUGAGGACCAAGAGCAUUAUUUAGACGUGCAGUUCCGUCUUCUAAGAGAAGACUUCCUUUCUCCCUUGCGCGACGGGAUAUUCCUUUUUCGGAAUAGAUGCUCAAAAGGAAUUGGGACUCGAAGAAGUGUUAAUUUUGUCGAUGAACUUUCUGAUAUGCUGGUUUUGGGGGAUGUUUACAUUGAAGGUGCUCAGUUGCGGCGUGGAUGCGGAAGAAUAAUACAUUAUAUAAAAUUUCAGGUUAACAGUAGGGUCGUGGGUGUAGGUGAUACAGCAGUUUUAUAUUCGCUUCUGAGGAUUGAAUGUUGUGACAGCAAAGUUUUACACCUAUGGUCGGGGUUUAAUGGAUUUCUUGCAUGGGGACGGUGGAAGAUGAUCAGUUGGGGCAGGGUCGAGGAAGAUAGGUAUUCACUUGAGGUCAAAAUGAUUGUGGUUUAUUCUGCAAGUUUACUCUUAGAUGUAUUUCCUUUGCAGCCUUCAUUUUACGACGAUUUAAAAAUGUCUCAACGCCUUAAGUUCGGUCAGAUGGUAGCGCUAUCAAGUGACAAUUUUCAAGAUGAAGUAUUGAUUGCCGUUAUUGUUGAAAGGAGCGAAGAAGAAUUUGCCAAAGGUCGUAUUGGAUUGUAUUUUGAAGACUCUCAGCGAUUUCUCCAAAAAGGGUGUUACGUACUGGUUGAGCCGUCGUCUUAUUUCGAGAUGUAUCAUUAUGUGCUAAACGAACUUAAAAUUUCGGUGAAAGCUAUCGUUUAUAGGAUGGCCAAAAUGUGUGUUUUUGGAACUCGAUUAGGAGAAUUUUUUUCUGAUUAUUUGCUAGAGUUUAAAGGUCUUGUACCGGGCAUGACGUUUAACAGUAGCACACCAAUCCCUUUUUCCGAGUACUUAGUAUAUGGAAAGACGGAAGUGCGACUACCAGCGUACUUAACAAAAUCGAAAACUGAUCUGAAGGGUGCAGGAGAGCCUGAAUUAACUAUUUGCGGGGAAAAUCAUAGCGUUAGCGGACUUGAACGCACUCUAGAUGGUAGUAAAGUUGGUGGAGGUAUUGACAAUAUACAGAAAAAUGCUUUGAGUUAUGCUCUUACGUCAGACUUUGCUUUAAUACAAGGACCACCUGGUACAGGUAAAACAUUUUUGGGUUCUCUUGUCGUUGAAAUUUUACUGGAGAAUAUGCAUCUUUGGAACCCCGCACGUGAAACCCCGUUGCUGGUAGUCAGUUAUACAAAUAAUGCCUUGGAUCAGUUGUUGGAACGUAUACUAGAUAGAAUAGAACACAGUGACUGCAACGACUCGAGAUACCCAGUUCUUGUAAGAAUUGGUAGUCGAAUUGCUAGUGAUAGGAUUAAAAAUUACGGGAAGCAAGUUGUGGUAGAUGAGUUCGAAGCUCUUAUUGACAGAAAUAAGAAAGCAAAAAUGAGCAGCACAGCAGGGAAAAGGAGAAGAGUUUUGGAAAGAAUUUUGGAGUUGGUUGCGAUUCUGCAUCAGUGGGAUAAAGAAGUUUUGUCUUACGAGUGGAUCAAGUUAGUGAUGUCAAAGGACCACCAGGAUUGCUUCGAGAAUGUUAUCAAAAGUUGUCGCGGGGACCUUUUGGUCAAGUUGGUGGAGUUUCAGCCAGAUGAAGCAUUCUCUGAGUGGCUCACAGCAGGACCUUCAGAGGAGGAGAAAAGGAUAAUGAGUAGAGAAUUGCCUUUGGUUUGUGACGACGAAGACGAAGAAAAAGAUGAAUUUUUAUGUACUGAUGAUGUAGUUGAUCGAGAAUCUUUCAAUUCUAGCUCAGUGCGAAACGAUUUCAACGUAAUGGUUUUGAUUUUUAUUUAUGAGACCUAUUUUAUUUUUGAUGUCGGUCUCAUUCUUGUGGAA